GUUAUUAUAAUGCAUUAGUGCAAAAAUAAUUAGCUAUAAAAUCAUUAAAUGGCACUCAAGUUAGAUUUGGACAUAAGUGCUGCGCGUAAUUCUAUUGUAUUGGAAUGGAAUAAGCCACCAGAAUUAUUGGAUGCUCUUUAUCAGUUGGAAGUGAAGGAAAAAGGGCGAAACUGGGUGGUUAUUUACAAGGGCUUUGGAACUCGUUUUCAAGUAAACAGUUUAUCUGGAGGUUUCAGUUACCAAUUUAGAUUGAUCGUGAAACCUCAAGGUGCAAUGCCAAUCGUAGUAACUGCAAGCUGCGUUGUUAAAAAUGAACCUCCAUCAAUUACACAGUUUCAACAAAGUAUUAACCAGAAUUUACCUGCACUUUUUCGCGAAUUUCUGGACACAAGACCUAAGGAAAUAAAUAUCUAUAACGAUGUCGGCGAUUGUGCAUUGUCCAAGGCGUGCGCUGCUGGCCAUACGGAUAUGGUCCUUACGUUAAUACAAAAUGGCGCCGAUGUGAAUUUACCAAAUAUGUUAAUGAAAAAAACUCCACUAAUGACUGCUGCUUUUCAUGGACGUUGUGACAUAAUUAGAAUUUUAGCGCACAACAAUGCGGAUGCUAAGAUGAGAGAUAUAAAUAACAAAACAGCUCUUCAUUACGCGGUAGAUGGAUCUCAAAAUUGUGCCAUCGAAAUGCUUUUGACAAGAAAAUGGAGCGAUGUAAACGCUAUCGACUCGAAAGGGUGGAGUCCACUCAUGAGAGCUGUGAUAGUAUUUAGUAACGCUGAUUUACUUAGAAUACUUAUAGACAAUGGAGCAGGCCUUCACAUGAAAGAUAUAACUGGACAAGAUGUUUGGCAAUUGGCUCAUACUACAAACAAUUGGGAAGCAUUAAAAGUGCUUUCAUUAUAAAAGUUUAUUUAUCGUGAAAUCAUUUCACAUAAAACACUUACAAAAAUACUUUUCAAAUAUCUACUCUUUUAUUAUAUUACUAGUACAUUGUACAAUUUCUCAUGUGUUCGCUUUCAUAACUGCGCUGCAGUAUCAUUAUAAAUAAUUAAUUAAUAUUAUGGUAAUAU